AUACGCUCGCAACGUGAUGACGUCGUACAUUGGAAAAUUUCAAGGUGUAUACAACGUUCCUGAAAAGCUUACGUUACUCGCAGUUUCUCCCUACCUGAGAUACACAUCGUGGUACACACAGGCGUGGUGACCACAUCGACUGUACUGCGAGAACUGCCAACCAUGACUGGGAUAGUUGUCUCAGUUCUGGUAACUGUGUUACUGGCGUCUUCGGGGAGUGCAACACCGACUGAGGACCCACAUUGUAAGGAUAAGUCAAACAGAUGUCACACAUAUGCAAAGUCAGGGUUCUGUGCAAAGGAGAGUUCCAUGUACACGUUCAUGUCGAUACACUGUCAGCGGACUUGUAAUGUGUGCCCUCCUUGUAAGGACAAGUUAAAAAUAUGUCCAACCUAUGCGAAGAUGGGAUACUGCUCUAUGGGGCAUAACAUGUUCCCAUUCAUGUUCAGAACCUGUCCUGAAGCGUGUAAUCUUUGUGGAGACUCUAAACAUCCUCAUCAACAUGACACAACAUCGCUUCCUCCACCACGAACAGUUGAAAACCCACAUUGUAAGGAUAAGUCAAACAGAUGUCACGCAUUUGCAAAGUCAGGGUUUUGUGCAAAGGAGAGUUCCAUGUACACGUUCAUGUCGAUACACUGUCAGCGGACUUGUAAUGUGUGCCCACCUUGUAAGGACAAGUUAGAAAUAUGUCCAUGGUAUUCCAAGAAGGGAUACUGCUAUAUGGGGCAUUCCAUGUUCCCAUAUAUGUUCAGAACCUGUCCACAAACGUGUAAUCGCUGUGGAGACUCUGAAGGUCCUCAUCAACAUGACACAACAUCGCUUCCUCCACCACGAACAGUUGAAAGUGACGGAAACUCCCAACCUCCUCAUCAACUUGAAACAACAUCUCUCCCUCCGCCACGAACUGAUGAAAACCCACAUUGUAAGGAUAAGUCAAACAGAUGUCAAGCACAUGCAAAGAAAGGGUUUUGUGCAAAGGAGAGUUCCAUGUACACGUUCAUGUCGAUACACUGUCAACGAACUUGUAAUGUGUGCCCACCUUGUAAGGACAAGUUAAAAAUAUGUCCAACCUAUGCGAAGAUGGGAUACUGCUCUAUGGGGCUUACCAUGUUCCAAUUCAUGUUCAGAACCUGUCCACAAACGUGUAAUCGUUGUGGAGACUCUGAACGUCCUCAUCAACAUGAAACAACAUCGCUUCCUCCACCACGAACAGUUGAAAGUGACGGAAACUCCCAACCUCCUCAGCAACUUGAAACAACAUCUCUCCCUCCGCCACGAACUGAUGAAAACCCACAUUGUAAGGAUAAGUCAAACAGAUGUCAAGCACAUGCAAAGAAAGGGUUUUGUGCAAAGGAGAGUUCUAUGUACACGUUCAUGUCGAUACACUGUCAGCGGACUUGUAAUGUGUGCCCUCCUUGUAAGGACAAGUUAAAAAUAUGUCCAACCUAUGCGAAGAUGGGAUACUGCUCUAUGGGGCAUAACAUGUUCCCAUUCAUGUUCAGAACCUGUCCACAAACGUGUAAUCGUUGUGGAGACUCUGAACGUCCUCAUCAACAUGAAACAACAUCGCCUUCUCCACCACGAAAAGUUGAAAACCCACAUUGUAAGGACGACUCAAACAGAUGUCAAGCACAUGCAAAGAAAGGGUUCUGUGCAAAGGAGAAUUACAUGUACUCCUUCAUGUUAAGGCAAUGUCAACGAACUUGUAAUGUGUGCCCACCGUGUAAGGACAAGUUAAAACUAUGCCCAAGCUAUGCCGAGAAGGGAUACUGCUAUGUGGGACAAAGCAUGUUCUCAUUCAUGUUCAGAACCUGUCCAGAAUCGUGUAAUCGUUGUGGAGACUCUGAACGUCCUCAUCAACAUGAAACAACAUCGCUUCCUCCACCACGAACUGUUGAAAGUGACGGAGAUUCCCAACCUCCUCAUCAACAUGAAACCACAUUUCUCCCUCCGCCACGAACUGAUGAAAGUCUGAGACCUCGGACGCACAGAGAUGACAAGCUAGAAGUGGAUUUCGGACAACAUACGUUCUCCUUUUCAAUCGGAUAACGGCGAAAGUUCUGUGGUUAUAUAACAUAAGUGUAAACCAUACCGCCAGAACGUCACAUGCAGCGUUAGAAGCAGGACCAUAAAAAGCUGAAUUUCACAACAGGUGCAAGGGAAGACGAUGUUAUUCAAAGGAAAUAACUCUUAAGGCUUGUUAUGAUUCUUGUUACUUGCUGACAGUGGGAGGAAUACCUUGUAUCUGUUGAAGUUUUUAAAUAACAUGCAAUCUCA